UGCAAAAAUAAUUGUAUUGGCAGUUCCAUGUUUGUUUUGAUUAAAAUUCAAUCAAACUUGCGUAAAUUAAUAAACAGUGUGUAAAAAUUUUAAAAAUUCUAUAUUGCAAAAUUUUUCCUCGAUUUAGAUAAGAAAAAAAUUUCACAUAAAUUCUUGCAAACUCAUUGCAUUCCCAGCCACGAAAAGUGCUUCGACAAAAAUGGUUUGUGUACCUUGCUUCAUCAUUCCCGUGCUGCUAUACAUUUGGCACAAGUUCAUACAGCCAAUAGUGUUACCAAUCAUACAGCGCUAUUGGAAUCCUUGGGAGAAAAAGGAUGCUGAGGGUAAUGUGAUAAAAAAUGCACCUGAGUUCCCGUUCGAGUGUAAAGGAGGCAGUUGUCCAUUUACUGGAUCUAAAAACAAAACUUUAGCACAAGAUGAAGGUGAACAGUCAGCUGUUUCGAAUGAAGCUGUUGACACAGGGCUUGGAUCAGCUAGCACAACAGGUGCAAAGAAGGAAAAUUGAAGUCAUAGUAGAAUUAAAAGUUUUAAUUAUAUUAGAAAAUAUUUUUUAAAUUGUAAAAUGUAUGUAUUUUUCAUAGACUUGGGCAUGCGUAUCUAAAUAGAACAACUGUAACUACUUAGCUAUUUUAAUAUUGAAAUGUGCAAUUAUAAAAUUUUGCACAACUAAAUGCAAAUAUAUUAUUUUAAUUUUGUAUAAAUGCAAAGUAAAAAA